AUGCGCUCUUCAACCGACAUCAGCAACGCCGACAGCCUCGACUCGGCGCUCCUUCCAAAGGCCUUCAUCGAACCUGCAGGAAAGAGCAUCGUGCCUCAGACAGAUGCGCCGGUUUCUGCUAGCAAUGGCGCCGAGCGGGAGCUCUCUGUGCGCUGCAGGGGAGUUACCGUGAACCUCACGGUCGGCAGUGAUACAAAUGCCCUGGACAUCCUGACUAGUUGUUCUGCCAAAGUGACGACUCCGAUCAACACCAGCAACAGCGCCGUCGUCGAGAUGUACAACCAACUGGGGCUCGAACGGCGUGUCCGCCCUUACGAGCGCAUCCGGGACAUACUGAACUCGUGGGACCAAAAUUCCCGAAACUGUCUUGUCGUUGUGCACUCCGACCCUACCGGGAACGACGAGGACCUCGACUCAGAUGUGUCGCCAACCGGACAGGGCUCCAGGGGUUUCGUCUUGCAGCUCUACCAUUCGCAGCAGCCCAGGAGAUGGAACAAGCGCUACAUGACCUUGUUGGAUAACGGGCAGAUCUUGUCCUCCAAGAAGCCCGACCCGAACCCCGCCGACAAGAAGGACGCCGUGGCUCUCUGCCACCUCUCGGACUUUGACGUAUACACGCCCACCGAGUCCCAGACCAAGCAGCUGAAGCCGCCUAGGAAGUACUGCUUCGCCAUCAAGAGCCAGCAAAGGGCGACUGUCUUCGUCAACAGCCAGAACUUUGUCCACUUCUUCUGCACCGACGAUCCCGAUCUCGCCUACACAUUCCACUCGCUUGUACGCGGAUGGCGCAGCCAAUACCUGGCGAGCCACGUCGACCUGAUCGAGGAGAAAAAGAGGUCGAGCGGGUCGGAGAAGCCGCCGCAGAUCGUCAUCCCCACCAAUCGCGAGCCGAAGAAGUCGGUCGGCCACGUCAAGGUCCACGGCCACAAGGUCAAGGUGUCGGUCGACGAGUCGCCGUAUGCCAUUGGCGCGUUCGAGCCCCUGCUCGACCUCGGGCGGUUCGACAAGCCGCUGGACGAGUUCGGGAAGGACUGGAUCCCAGACGCCGCGCGCAAGUCGGCGCUGUUGUCGGAGAAGAAGAGCCCGACGGCUGCUUCCCCGAAGCCGGAAGGGGCGCCGAAACAGGACACAACCGACGGCGUCUUCGCCGCGAACGCCCUGCUUGGAGACGGCUACGAGCAGCGGAAGCAGGCUCAAAAGGACCACGAAAAGAAGGGUAUUCUGAAAGGGGGAAACCCUGCCACCACCACCGCCGCCGCCACAGCCGCAGCCGAUGAUGGACCCUUCACCCCGGGACCCUCCCUUAUCAACAGUAGCCCGCCAUCCCGCACCUCCCCAGACGUGCCAACCUCGACCGCGCAGGCGGGCUCGAAGAAGCCAUCGGACCCCAACAAGCCCGACCCGCCAGGCUGGUUCCCCUCCGCGCUGGAGCACUCGGCUCGCGAGCGCAGCCGCUCGACGCCGCAGAAGACCCCGCCGACGCGGCCCCCCAACCUGCACCUCCUCGGGCGGCCCCACCACCCGCACCAGCACCACCCCCUCCUGCGCCCGCACCACCGCCGCCGCAUGGCCAACGCGCCCAGCCCGCUCGUCGACCUGACCCCGCCGCACACGCCGGCGGGCUGGUCC